AUGUCCAAACUAGCACUCUUUAGGGUGAACUUGGCCUCAUCAGACCAAAUCACCUUACCCCUGUCAUCUUUGGUCCAUUUUUGUCUUUCUUUGGCCUACUGCAAACGAUCAGCUUUAUGCUUAGGCUUUAGGGCAUGCUUCUUUGCUGUGAGACACGAUUUGAACUUCAUACGAGCCAAUGCUUCUUGGAAAGUGGACAAAGAAACCUUUUUGCCAGAGCUCAGGAACCAGCAUAAACAACAAGAAUUUGUGUUCAACAGCCAUGAUAUCUUAGCUUCAACAGCCAAGUUCCGAAGACAAUCAUUGGCUCUGUUAAGCAAUCCAAAGGAUGGCUUCAUCAGCAACAUAAACAAGCUCCUAGCCAUCCAUUGGAUUACCAAGCUCAGCACAUCAAUUGAUGCUGAACUUGGCGUCUGCUGUGACAUUGGUGUCUUGGAGGCGCUGCGCUGUUACUUUCGACUGACUAUUUCUGGUAAGUCUUUGAGGCUAAACUCGACUAUCACACUCGAUUUGAAAGAUAUAGCCGAUGACUUCAAGGAUGAUGAUGAAGAAAAGCUGAGGGACAGCAUCAGCGGCAUCACCAAAAGAGUAGAAGGGGCUUCUCGACGCACAAUUCAGGCUCUGUCAAACUUAAUCAACAAAAUGACAGUGAAGAAGAAGAACAUAGGCGAGAAAAAGGCUGAAGACAUCCUGGAGUCAGUGUGGAGCUCCGUUUUUAAGAAGAAUAAACAUUACGAUCCACAUAAAUUUGACAAUGCUUUGUCCUCCUUCUCUCAUUCUUUAGCAGCUUGUUGCCCUGACUAUGAAGUUGAUGAAGGAGCUAACAUUAUUAAUUCUAUAUGUGAAGUGAAGUCUGGUUGUGCUUCUCCUACAAGAGUAAGCCUUGAUACAUUCCGUCUUGGUUUGUUUUCGUUAGGCUUAGUGGAGGAGCAUAACCUAGCAUGACCAAAAAAGAAGACGUCCUUAUAAGCCACUUCACUUAAUAUCUAAGCCAUAGGGGCGCGCAAGGCAGGCGCACCUAUAGUUACCCUACUUCAAAAGCU